GUUUUUCUCCAUGCCCUGGUGGUCCCCAUACCCCGGAAGUGUUCCCCAGAUGUAAUGGAGCGUGCGCAGUGCAUAUAUUGUCGUCUUCCGCUGCAGUCGUGCCAGCAACUUUGAUCGUCAUCUCUUCCCCACUACCACCAAGAUGGCCCCGAAGAUGUCCCCGUUCUAUCUGCUUGCUGUCGUUAUACUGGCGUCCGGUGGUAUCCCAAAAGGUUACGACGAGGGAGGUUUCAGUGCAAGUGUAACCUUGCCGGCGUUUAAGGCUGAUUAUGGCCUCAACAAAAACCUCUGGGUCGGCAACGCAACUGGACUUGCCAAUCGCACUGCCAAUAUCAGCUCCUUUGGUGUUCUCGGGGCUGCAUUUGGCGCGAUCAUUGCAUACUUUCUCAACGACAAGGUCGGAAGACUAUGGUCGUAUAGAAUUGCAGUACUGGUGUGGGCUAGCGGCAUCCUAAUGCAGGUCUUCUCCUCCGGAAUCUUUGGAUUUCUUCUCUUUGCUAGGAUCUGGGGAGGUCUCGGCGCAGGUGGCCUCACAGUCAUUUCACCGCUCUUCCUAUCCGAGAUUGCGCCGACGAAGUCCAGGGGGAUGGUGACCAGCAUGUACAUGGUAGUCUUGCUGUCCUUCCUGUCGCUGGGCUUUUUCAUCAAUUACGGGGUCAGCAAGCACAUGGCUCAAAGCAGGGCACAGUGGCAGAUCGUACAGAUGAUUCCGUUGAUCCCAAUGGGCUUCUGCUUCUUCGCCUCGUGGUUGCUUCCAGAAAGUCCCCGGUGGUUAGCCUCGCGAGGCCGCCGAGAGGACUGCAUCGCCGCGCUUGCUCGUCUUCGAGGAAUGUCUCACGAUGACCCCGCCCUGAUGGGCGAGUAUGAACGAACCGAACUGGAGGCGAACGCACUCAUCGAGAUGUCCAAAACCUCUAUGCCGCAGAUUGCGAAGGAAUGCUUUACAGACCCCAACCUGCGUAACCGAUAUUUCCUCGCGGUUGCACUGCAUACCAUUGCCCAAUGGACAGGUGGCAAUGGAAUUACCUACUAUAUCUCCGACAUUUUCCAGUACGCUGGUGUCAAGGGAUCUGAAACCUCGCUCAUUACAUCUGGAGCCUACGGUCUCGUAAAGCUGUUCGUGACAAUGGUCUUCGCCUGGGGUCUCAUCGAUAGGCUCGGUCGCAGACGCUGCAUGCUGGCCGGCUUGACUCUUCAAGGCAUCACUCACAUUUACAUGGCCAUUUACUUCGGUGCUAUCGGCCAAGGAAACCAACCUGCUUCCGAUGCUGCAAUCGCAUCGGUGUUCAUCUAUGCGACGGGCUGGUCUGUCGGUCUUUGUACGAUCCCAUACAUCUACGGGACGGAAAUCUUCCCCACCAAGGCCCGCAGUUUCGCAUACGCAACCACCAUGGCACUUCACUGGUUCUACCAAUUCGCUGUUGUGCGAGUGACACCGGUCAUGUUGACGGCGCUUGAUAAAUGGGGCGCGUACGUGUUCUGGGCCAUGAUCUGUGCGAUUGGAGUUGUCGUGCUGGGCUUGUGGGCACCGGAGACCAAGGGUGUGCCGUUGGAGCGCAUGCCCGAACUUUUCGAUCACGCAUGGUACAAGUGCUGGAAGUCAAAGUUGGACCCGCGCAACGACUUUAGGGAGUCGUAUGAGGGGAAAGCUGAGGUCAAGUACAGUGUUGAGCAACGCGAGAGUGAUCCUCGUGCGUAGAUUCCGAU